UCAUUUUCUCAAAGGGAACAGAGAAGAAAGAGACUUCUCAUUUCCCUCAUACCUUUUGCCAUCCCUAUUUGUUUCUCUCUCUCUCCCUCUCUAAUUCUUUACAACUGCUUUUCUCCUCCCACCAAGAACCAAAAUUCAUUUAGUUAAGAAGAAGAAAAAAACACCCUUUUUGAAAUAAAUAACAUUAUACCCCCAAAGUUCAUCAAGAUUAUCUCAAAAUCGCUCACAAUUAUCCAUUUGUUAUGGAGCUAUUUCCUUCACAACCUGACUUGUACUUGAAAAUCAGCAGAAGAAGAGAAGAAGAAAAAGAAAAUCAAGAACAAGAAGUUGAAAGGAGAUUAUUAGGGUUUAGGAGUAAAGCCUCAGAUUCAGACAGAGAUUCUUCUGGCAACCUCAUCCACGCCCUCCAGUUCACAUCUUCAAAGAGUGAACCCAUCAAGACUGGUAAUAAUCAAGAACACAACGAAUCUCUCGAUCAAGACUUGAGAUCUAUGUUGAUGAUGAGACCAAUAAGAGGAAUUCCUCUAUACAAGAAUCAAGUUCUUGACCACUACUACUACUCAUCUACCUCUCCCUCUCCUUUCUUCUUCAGUGAAGUCAAUGGCCAACACGCUAGUCGUCGCAUAAUCACAAACCCUAAUUGUAGUUAUAAUCUUCACCACCGUAAUCGGCGUCAAGCUCAGCCGCAGCCGCCUAGAUUUACGGCCAAACGAGGGGUAAGGGCUCCAAGGAUGCGGUGGACGGCGACCCUUCAUGCCCAUUUUGUACACGCUGUUCAAUUAUUGGGUGGUCAUGAAAGAGCAACCCCAAAAUCAGUACUUGAACUGAUGGAUGUGCAAGAUCUCACAUUGGCUCAUGUUAAAUCCCAUCUACAGAUGUAUCGGACCAUCAAAUCUACUGAAAAACCUACANAUAAUUAUUAUAUCUCUCUCUUUUUGAGCAACCCCAAAAUCAGUACUUGA